AUGACAUCUCUUCCCCGCAAGCUAUGGCAGCAUCCAAACCCGGAGUCAACCCAAAUGGGUUAUUUCCAGCGCGAUCUGGAGAAAGCCACCGGACGCAAGUUCGACUCUUUCCAUGACAUGUACCUAUAUUCAAUCAACAACCGCUCGGCAUUCUGGGACUUCUGUUGGAAGUACUUCCAAUUGAUCCACGAAGGCUCAUACACAAAGGUAGUGGAUGAAUCCGCCCGAAUGGACUCUGUACCAGAAUGGUUUGCCGGCGUGCGUCUGAAUUUCGCAGAGAACCUUCUUUUCUCGCGUUCUGCUGGCGACAAGACCGGCAAGGAAGAUGACAAGAUUGCCGUGAGUGAGGUCCGAGAAGGCGCUGCGCAUGAGGUCGUUCAUCUCACCUGGGGCGAACUGCGACGACGCACUGGAGCCUUGAUCCAGGCUAUGAAAGCGCACGGCGUUGUUCGUGGUGAUCGCAUUGCUCUUUGCGCGGCGAAUAGCAUUGAAACGCUACUUGUGUUCCUGGCGGCGACCGCUCUGGGCGCUAUCUUUUCGUCCAGUUCCACGGAUAUGGGCGUGAAGGGCGUUCUCGAUAGACUGUUGCAGAUUAAGCCUCGCUGGUUGUUUAUGGAUGACUCGGCGGUAUACAAUGGCAAGACCAUUGACCUUCGAUCGAAGAUUCGGGAUAUUGUCGAAGGUAUGGGGUCAGUUUCUGAGUUUGAAGGAGUUGUUUCAAUUCCUCGGUUUGCUGCCCGACCGGAGGAUAUCAGUUCUAUUCCCAGGACUCUAACUCUGGCCAAGUAUCUCUCAGCAGCGGGAGGCAACGAGCAACUGGAGUUCACUCGAGUUGGUUUCCGCGACCCUUUCUUGGUCGUCUACUCGUCGGGAACAACUGGACAGCCGAAAUGUAUCGUCCAUUCUGUGGGUGGUGUGCUUCUGAACGCCAUCAAGGAGGGGACAUUGCAUAGUGAACUCGGGCCAGACUGCGUCACCUUGCAAUACACAACCACUGGAUGGAUCAUGUAUAUGGGUGCCGUGCAGACGUUGCUCUUCGGCGUGCGGGUAGUGAUGUACGACGGAAGCCCAUUUAUUCCAGGUAUCACUGCUCUGGUAGACAUUGCCGCUCAGGAGAAGGUAACGCACCUUGGGAUCUCACCUCGAUGGCUCCACGAGCUACAACAGGCUAAGAUCAAGCCUCGUGAGAUACGCGAUCUCAGUUCUUUACGGCUUGUCACAAGCACUGGUAUGGUUCUUCGAGACGAGUUAUUCGAAUGGUUCUACGACGAGGGAUUCCCAACCCAUGUCCGCUUGAAUAACAUCUCCGGUGGCACUGAUAUCGCAGGAUGCUUUGGAACUAGUAACCCCAUUAGCCCCGUGUAUGUUGGCGGGUGUGCUGGUGGCAGCUUGGGCAUCCCCGUGGAAGUUUACGACUCUACAAUCGAGGGCGGCGAGGGAGUCAAGGGUGUCCCCGUGGAGGAAGGUGUGGCCGGCGAAUUGGUCGCCACCUCCGCCUUUCCCAACAUGCCCACAAAGUUCUGGGGUGAUGAGAGUGGCAAGAAAUACCAUGACGCGUAUUUCGGGAGAUUUGACAACGUUUGGACACAUGGCGACUUUGUUUCCAUCCACCCAAUCACAAAGCAGCUGGUAUUCCAUGGACGCGCCGAUGGAGUACUCAAUCCCUCAGGGGUGCGGUUCGGAUCGGCAGAGAUCUAUCGUGUGAUCGAGGGCCAAUUCUCCCAAGAGAUUAGCGAUUCGAUCUGUGUUGGCCAACGACGACCAACUGAUACGGACGAGCGAGUGCUCCUGUUCCUGCUCAUGAAGCCAGGUGUUCCGUUCACUCAAAACCUCGUGGACCGAGUGAAGAGCGCGAUCCGGACAGAGCUCAGCCCCCGCCAUGUGCCGAUGUUCACGUUCGAGACCCCUGAAAUCCCGACCACAGUCAACCUCAAAAAGGUGGAGCUGCCUGUGAAACAGAUUGUGUCGGGUAAAAUCAUCAAGCCAUCGGGAACCCUGCUCAACCCGAAAAGCCUCGACUUCUAUUAUAAAUUUGCCAAAUUGGAGACUUUGCGCGAGAGCAAGCUCUGA